UGCGUAAGUGUGAAAAAGAUAGCAUGAUGUCUUCAAAUUGUCGAUGUUGCAUUUUCAUUAUGUUUCACAACACGUGGCUACUGCGUAAAGUGCAGCGCAACCUUUUGGGUAAGUGUGAAAAAGAUAGCAUGAUGUUUUUAAAUUUUCGAUGUUGCAUUUUCAUUAUGUUUCUUUCACUCUACUACCAGCGCUGCGCACGAGCACCUCACUGUUAAGACUCGGACCAUUCUCAAACAAAACUCUGCAAAAUGUCACAAUCGAUCCUGAAUGAAUCUAGCCCAUACGGGUUAGGUACGCCGCAUUCGUUCGACCACCUGCAGUGCGGACAAGUAUGGUUCGACAGCGAUGUUGAAGAGGUGCGGCCGUCAAGCCCAGAGAGAACCAUCGCUAAAAAGAAAAGUGUUGCGGCCAGACAGUCCAGAAAACGGCGGGCGGAGGAUGACACCACAACUUCUUACGUGAUGAGCAAAUCACCGCGACCAGGACAUCGGCUCGUGAGAAUUGAGGUUGUGGAUCUGAACAGCAGUACUAGUGACAGUGAGUGUGUAGUGCUAAAAGCACAGUACGUUGUGACGCAUCCGGUAGAUGAGAUAAUAGACAUGACGGAAAACCUAGUGAAAAAAAUUACAAAGACUAUGUGUAGCUCUUAAGUUAGUUUAGGUUUAGUAUAUAAACUGUAUUUUUGUUUAGAUGUAGGUAGAUUAAAAUAAAUAAAAGACUUUAAUAA